AUGUGCUUGGACCAUGCUGUUGGUGUCCUCAGAUACAUCACCUGUGCUGAUGGACAAAAGCCGCUUAGAAGGGAUGGAGAUGGUCUUAGAGGCACACCUCAUUCUUAUUACGAUAGAAGAGUAUUGAAACAAGAUUGGUUACAUUCCCGAGGAAAACAGUGUUGCUUAGUAUGCACAGAAAUUUCAGAAUUAGCAUCUGAAGCAUCUGAAGGUGUUACAGAUUUAGAAAAAUACACACUGGAAAAAGAACUUCAUAAUAAAUCUACGUGUGGAUAUGAUAGAGGUGACGAAGGAAUAAGGCGAAGGGAAAAAGCUAACGAACGGGGAAUGGAAAUUAGGGAUAAUUCCAAAGAAAAAACAAAUUAG